AAAAGCUUUAAAAGAGAUCAGCAAGCAUCCACAGAACCUCCCAGUGCUGCUUUCACAUUGUGUGAUCAUAAUACUUAGUAGUGGACAAAACAAAAUAAAACUUGGCAGCCUGUUUCACUGAGGUACAUCUAUUUAUAUUGUGCCCAAGAUGUUUGUGGAUGAGCGGAUUGUGACUUUGUUCAAAAGGAAUGCCCAUCACACGCUGACUUACUGGAGCGUUUUCUUCAGCUUCGGUCUCUGCAUUGCUUUUCUUGGACCUACAAUUUUGGACUUGCAGUGUCAAACAAACUCGACCCUUAGUCAGAUCACCUGGGUGUUCUUCGCCCAGCAGUUCUGCUUGUUGAUUGGCAGCUCUGUCGGUGGCGUUUUCAAGAGAACGUUGUUCAGCGCUUUAGCUGCCUUGUUUGUUUCUGCUCUUAUCAUCUCUGUGAUAUUUGCCAUCAUCCCUGCGUGCAACAAUGUCCUCGUGCUGGCGAUUGCCAUGGCUGUGUCUGGUUUGGCAAUGGGCAUUAUUGACACCAUUGCUAACAUCCAGCUGGUGACCAUCUAUCAGAAGGACUCUGCUGUGUUCUUACAGGCUCUUCAUUUCUUCAUUGGGUUCGGCGCCCUGGUGAGCCCACUGAUUGCAGAUCCUUUCCUCUCAGAGACAGGCUGUGGGAAUCACACAGGGAACGAGACUGAGAUCAUACAUCAUUUCAGGAACAUGCUGAGAAACAGUCCGAUUGCAGAGCACAAUAUAACUCAGAGCCACUCGUCCCAUGAGGGAGGGGAAGAGGAGUCCAGUGUGCACUACGCCUUCUGGAUCAUGGCACUUAUUAAUCUGCCUGUGCCCAUAGCGGUCCUGUUUCUGAUGUACCGUGAGCAGCUGAUCCCAUGCUGUCCCAGCGGCACGCCACGUCUUUUGGACAAGGAUGAACUAGCGAUGGAGCACCAGCAGGGGGCCGAGGGUCCAGAUGUGGAGCAGAGGGAACAGGAAGCUGGAGGUCAUGGGAGUAUCUUUAGCUGCUGUCAGAAUGAUAACCUGCGCGGGCUGCCGGUAUCCUUCUUUAUGAUUCAUAUCCUCGGUGGGCUGGUGCUCUUUAUGACCGAUGGUAUUGUGGGGGCCUACGCCGGCUUUGUGUACACCUACGCUGUGGCAUCACCGAUCUCGUUGCCUCAUAAGACAGCGGGUUACCUGGCCAGUAUCUUUUGGGCGGCCAUCACUGCUGGACGUCUGUUAUCCAUCCCUCUCUCAUACCGUUUCCAGCCUGUGAGACUGCUCAUGGUCAACCUGGCAGGAGCUAUUGUCACUGUGCUGAUGCUGCUCAUUUUCUACACCAGCAGCAUCUUUCUGUUUGUCGGGACCUGUUUAUGCGGGCUGUUCCUCAGCAGCAUAUUCCCCUGCAUGCUCGCCUAUACUGAAGACAUUCUUGAUUACCAGGGAUGCGCAACCUCAGUCCUGGUGACAAGUGCAGGGAUGGGAGAGAUGGUGAUGCAGGUUCUGGUUGGCUCAAUUAUUCAGUCUAAAGGCAGUUACAGCUUCCUGCUGUGUGGGAUGAUAGUCGCCUGCAUUGGCUUCAUCGUCUUCAUUGGCCUCCUGCUGUUCCAUCGAAUGCACAGAAAUUACCUCACAGGAACAUCGAAAAAAUCCGCCAUGGUGGAAGAACCGGCAGCAGAGCAGCAGAACGGGUCGGCCGUGCCAGAACAGAAAGAGGACAAAGAGAUCAGCUGAGAGCAGUAGCAGCAGUGAUGAUAUGUUCUUUACCGAAUCCUGUAGGAGAUGAAGUUUUACAAGAGUCACCAAAGACUACCAAAACCUCUCAAAUGAGCAUUGUGCCAGUGUACUAUUAUUGGCAUGGUAUUAGUGAAGCAGAUAGUGUGCUAAGGUUCCAGAUGAUAGUUCAACCUCUUAGAUUGUUUUUCUUUUUUGUAAAUCACAGACAGCAUUCAGCAAAUUCUGGAUUCAAAUUCUGAUGAGUAUCAGGGUUUAAUACUUUAAUACAAGAAUUAUGAUUAUAUCUAUAGAAUGCUAGCACCUUUUAAUUAUCAUUUCUUUUAUGUUUUCUUCUCAUCUUUUGGCAUUUGUACAUUUAAUAUGUGUAAUACAGGAGUUACAGAGGACACAGUGUAGAGGAAUGUCAAGCAGUUCUGAAAUCACAUUUUACAGAUGGUUUCCAAAGAAAGAAAUGUGGAUACAAACAAAACACCUUCAAC